ACGUGCAUGUGGAAUAUCGAAACUCUUCUUUACCUGCCCAAGGUGGUUUUUCUUUUCAGCCUUGCAUGUUUCCUUGGGAAAUUUUGUCAGCUCCAACGCCCGACUCUGCGUAACCUUAAUCCUGUUUUAAACCAUCCCGCCCAGAGAUGGCAAGUGGAACCAAGAAGACACCAGCAAGCUCGCUGCGGCAACGGCGUCCUUCAAAUACCGCCGCCCAGACUGUCGUCGACGCUGCGCGAAAGGUUGAGUCGAAGGUCGAGCAGGCCCUCCUAGUCUUGUGGGACGAGCUCCCGUCCUGGCGCCGAGACAAUGCCUACAUUGUGCGAGGCUACCGCCAGACGAGCAACAGCUACUGGGGCUCCUUUGCCAGCCUGGGCUACCUGCACAACGAGACGGUCAACAUCUGGUCGCACCUGCUCGGCGCCUUGGUCUUCACGGUCGGUGCCGUCGUCCUGCACUCCGUGAUUGCCCCCCGAUACGAGUCUGCGUCCGACGCCGACUUGCUCGUCUUCUCCUGCUUCUUUGCUGGCGCUUUCCUGUGCCUAGGCAUGAGUGCUACGUACCAUACUCUCUCCAACCAUUCGCCCUCCGUGGCGAAAUGGGGGAACAAGCUCGACUACACGGGCAUUGUGCUCCUGAUCGUCGGUAGCUACGUGCCGGCUAUCUAUUACGGCUUCGUCUGUCUCCCGACUUUGGUGAACCUGUAUCUGUCCGUGAUAUCGCUCCUGGGACUGGGCUGCCUGGCCGUGUCGUGGUUCGACCACUUCCGCGCUCCUGCCUGGCGCCCGUAUAGGGCACUCAUGUUUGUCGGACUUGGCGCCUCAGGGGUAGUCCCUAUACUUCAGGACUUGAGGCUCCACGGAUACCAGGACUUGAACGAAAGGAUGGGCCUCUCCUGGGUCAUCUUCCAGGGAGCUCUGUACAUCUUUGGCGCAUUCCUGUAUGCAUCACGGUGGCCAGAACGCCAGUUUCCUGGAACUGUUGACAUUUUUGGCAGCUCUCAUCAGAUAUUUCACAUCUGCGUUGUCUUGGCUGCCGCAUCUCAUUUGUACGGCAUGGUCAAGGCGUUUGAUUACCGUCACAGCGUGUUGGGGGCUCAGUGCUAAACCGGCCACAUGGAUACAAUGCCGGACUUUGACGUGAUAUUGGAUACACUGUUUUCUUUUGGAUUUAGUAUACCAACAGCUUAGGACAUAUAGAGGCAACUGGUCUAGCCAUCUUUACCGAGUAGAUACGAUAUGUAGUACAAUAAAAAUGACAAUAGU